GUGUGUGAAUGUAGUGGCUGCCGUAGUAGGAAUUGCUGCAGGAGGAAGAGCAAACGAAAACGAAAAAAAAAAACAUAAUUUCGUACAAAUAAUUACAAAGCAAUCGCAAGUGACGCCAUUUUUUACAUAAAUCACACAAUUUUAUUCAGUUUUUAAAAAGAACAAUAGACACAAAAAGAAAAAUCCAUAUUCCAAAAGCCCUGGAAGCAAAGUGUGUAUAUGAAAUAGUGUUUGAUUUAUUUAAUUGUCGAGGCAUUAACGAACAAUAAUUCAUUCGUUUUUUUAAUGAGUUUAAUCAAUUUCCUCAAUCCCAAAUUAAAACCCACGGUUGAGUGCGAUGGCAUCUGUGAAGAUGGUUAUGGUGUCUCCAACCUAAUAGCCGACGAUGCCGAACAGUUGCAGCGUGGCUUCAUGGCCUUCUCGGUGAGCAAGCCACCGAUUGAGAUUGUCUUUGAAUUCCCCAAGGCCAUCGACUUGAAGGUGAUUAAACUCUGGAACAGUCAGGGUGCUUUAAGGUCAACAGCAUUUGAGCUGCACGGCAAAUACGAGGGCAUUUGGGAGCGUGUUGCGUAUGUGCGUGAUUUGGCCAAAGAUGUCGAUUCAUUGACAUUUUGCUAUCAAAGUGACUACAGUUCGAAGAGUUCCGAACAGCAGUCGAGCGAGAAAGUGUUUUUCUUCAAGACAGCCCACAAAAUGCUGUCAAACACCAACAGUAUUAAAUUGAUUAUACGUGCCACUCAAAAUUGUGCACCAGUCUUGCGUAAGGUACAGGUAUGGGGUUUGCCUGCUCGCUCACUGGACAAAGCCGAUAGGGAGUUAGUCAAGAGUAUAUGGAAUGAAAUUACCAAUCCCUAUGAUUAUGGUGGCAUGCGUCAGCGUGAUGAUGAUGCCGGACAAAGAUCACCAUCGAGAUCGAUACCAGAAUUGAAUAAGGAAUCAUCGCUUAAAAUACCGGAAGAGUUCCUAGAUGCUAUAACAUGGGAACUGAUGAUCUUUCCAACCGUUUUACCAUCCGGCAAAGUGGUCGAUCAAUCCACAAUCGAUAAGCACUCCGAAGAAGAAGCUAAAUGGGGUCGUUUACCUUCGGAUCCCUUUACAGGUCUUGAAUUUACACCACAUCGCAAGGCUAUCUUGAAUUUAGCCCUCAAAGCACGCAUUGAAAAGUUCCUAAUGGAGAAUUCUGAACACUUUAAAACUGUACCACGUUCACUGGGCAGCUCACGAGUAAGACGCAGUAAAAAUAGACAUGCCUCGCAAUUUGCUAGUCUCUGUCAUCAACACACACCCGGUGUUUAUUCAUCUCUAUCGAAAGCUUAUAAAACUUCAGCCACAGCAACACUAUCAUCCGCAGACAGCAGCAGCACCAUUGGUCUUAUUGGCACAGCUGGCUCAAACUCGAAGUAUGCUUUGCCAGCCAAACGUGCCCGACUUAUGGAGUCAACAGCAAUUGCCCCCUACACCACAAUCACAGCCAGUAAAUCCCGUCUAAACAAGAAAUACACUACCUCGGUCACUUCCUCCACCACCUUAACUUCCUGCUCCAAUCCCCUGCUGUUGACAUCCACAGCUACCCAGACUUCUGCCACGGCAACAGCUUCAUUCGCUAAAUGUUCCACUUUAACCAGGGAAGCCAAUGUUGCCAACACCACUACCACCAGCACUUCUGCCACAGCAACUUCCACCUCCUCCGGCAUAGAUCAGGCCAUACAGCAAGCUUUACAGAAAAUAACACGAUUUUCACAAUUGCCCCUGGCGCCCACACCACAGCCCGUGUGUUGUAUUAAAUGCCAGACCACAGAGUUUUCAUACGAGAUACAAACUUGUCGCCAUUUGGUGUGUCGCGAGUGUUUGGUUACGCUUACGCGUGAUGAAAAAUGCAUUUGUAGUAUAACAUUUCGUUCCUCGGAUGUGGAACGUUAUCAUAAAUUGUGAAUGAAUAGCAAGAAGAAGGAGGAGAAUUAAAUUUUUAUUUUGUUUGUUUUUCUUAAAAAGGUUAAAAAAAACAGCAAAGCCAGCACACUUCCUACAUAGGAGGAGGUUUUAAAGAGUAUUAUUUAUAUUUUUGUUUGCAAAAAGGUUUAGAUAUGUACACUUCCCAUGCAUUUUACUUUCAAUAGAGUUUUUCUCAAAAUUGCACAAAUGAAAUCAUUAUAAAGGUUAGAUUAGCAGGUUGUCAAUAGUAAUGGAUCUAAUAGAGCAGCACAAAAUUCAAAAGUUGUUGUCACCUAACUUUGAUCAGCUUAAAAGUCAGCUGGAAAAACUGCAUUAAACGUUUUUUUUAACAAAUUCUUGGAAUUCCAUUGUACAUUUUUAGCCUCCUCUCAAAAAUUUAAGUACAAUAUUACUCACUGACAUUUGUCUAAACGUAUGAGAAGCACAAGAGAUGACCUCAAAUUUUACACAUGAGUGCAAGGAUAAAAAAUCCAAAUGAAAUUGAUUCGGACCUUAUUAAAAAUGUUAAAUAAUCCGCAGAGUAGUGCUGUGUUAGCUGAACCUAGACAAACAUUUUAUUUAAUUUAUUUGCUUUCAUUAGUCGUCAAUUUGUUUAAUCUAGUUUAUUGUCAAAAGCAGGUUACUUUUUUUCAAAUAAUUUUGUUUAAGCUUUAGAAAAUAGAUUUUUAUUAAGAUGGGAUAUAUGAGACGUGGUUGCGCAAAAUUAUAUUUGAAACAGGAAAGAACAAAGAAAGAGAAUGAGCCUAUAAAAAUUUACUCAAAACUAUUAAAUUAAAAUUGAGUGGAAGAUUAGAAAAAGUGGCAGCAUAAAUGAAACAUUUUAAUGAAAUAAAUUUUCAAUACUCAGAACUAUUUAAAUAAAAUUGAAUAAAUGAUAAAAAAAAAAUAUGGCAGCUGCAAAGAAUAUUAUAGAAUAGAAAACUUGCAAUAACUAGGAAUCUAUUUUAAUUGAAAAAUCUUUCAAAUUCGAAUUUACGCAACCAUGUUUAAUAUUACCGUGAAUUGUAGUUGAGUUUUUUUUAUAAGUAAAAUAUGCUGUAACUGAGUUUUUAGUUGGUUUAUUUAAAUAAAAUUGUUUAUUCAUUAUGUUUAUAUUAUUUGUUUCUUAAAUUAUUAAAGAAAUUAAAAAAAAGUGUUAAAAUUAAAAUAAAAUAAAAAAUAUUCAUACAUUUAAAUUUAUUUUACUUAAUUUGGAAUUGUGCUAAAAAUUUGUUAAUUUUGUUUUUAAAACUCAGUUUAACAGUAUAUUUUGUGUAAACACACAUUUUUUUGUUUAAACAAUUUAUCUCAUAUUCUACCACCGUGCAUUAAAGCAUAAAUAUUAAUUAUAAUAAUUUUUUUUUUUGAAAAUAAAAACGUUCAUUUAUAAUAGCUUUAUUAAAUUAUUUUUAAAAACCUUUGUAAUUUGUGUUUUUUUUUUACAACACUCUAAAAUCAACAGUGCAAAUUAUCCAUAUACACACAAAAUAUAAUUUUAUGCUAAUUUUCGUUUAUUAUUUCAUUUAAUACAGUUUAGUAGCAAGGUUUCUUUUACGUUAGAGUGACGAAGAAUGAAUAAGCGAGCGAACCAACAAGAAAACCCUCAAAUAAAUGAAACGUAUGUUUCCUUAAAUCAACCACAAUUUAAUUAAUAAGUCAAACAGAAAUCUAAUAAUUUGCUAAAACAAACAUACAUAUAAACCAUGUUAUAAAAUAUAUCAUAUAUAUUUUUUCAUAUAAACCUAUUUUACAUAUACAUAAAAUACAAAUAAAUAAAGUUAUAAAAAAAAAUUAAGUAACAUCAUUAGCUGUUUAGAAAUUUAACAUACAAUAUAACAAACAAUUCAUCCGUAUUUAAAAUAAUUAACAACUCAUACAAACAUAUAAUCUAAUAUAUAUAUAGAAACCCAUAUAAUUAGAUUUAUCAUUAUAAUGCAUACAACAUACAACAAUAUUUGAAUAAAUAUUAAUAAACAAUAAUACAAAUAAAAUAUCUAUGAAUAAAAUCAUAUAGAAAACUUUAA